GUCCUCCCGCCCCGCCGCUUGGUGGCGGCCGCAUGCUGCCCAGAUAUAAAGCGUCGGCCCCACAUCCCAGGGACCAGCGAGCAGCCUCGAGAGGCUCUGGCUUUUGCUUCUUAGGCGGCCCGAGGGUGCCAUGGCCGAGUGCCCGUUACGUGGGGAGGAAGUCACCGACCACCCGGACCGCCUGUGGGCCUGGGACAAGUUCGUGUAUUUGGACGAGAAGCAGCGCGCCUGGGUGCCCUUAACCAUUGAGAUAGAGGAUAGGUUACGCGUGCUCUUGCGUCAGGAAAACACCGUCCUGGGGAAUCCUAUGACCCCCACCCAGAGAGGCCCAAGCUUGCUUCCUAUCUUGUGGCAGCUCUACCCUGAUGGACGAUACCGAUCCUCAGACUCCAGUUUCUGGCGCUUAGUGUACCACAUCAAGAUUGACGGCGUGGAGGACAUGCUUCUCGAGCUGCUGCCAGAUGACUGAGUGUGGCACGGUCUCGCAGCACCUGUCUCCUUUCGCCCCAGGGCCUGAGUCUGGCCAGCCUCCAGUGGGGAUGUUAUGGUUCUGUUCACCUUCAUUUACUAUGCCUGUGUCUUCUCCUCCACCACGCUGGGGUCUGGGAGGGAACGGACACACAGAGGAUGAGCUCUCCCCAGGGCCUGCUGGACCUGCCCGUAGCCCACUCUGCUCCCCUCAGCACUACCACUCCUGCCAGGGAGGACUCCAUUUGGCAGAGCUUCUUCCAGGUGCCCACCUUUACCUGUGCCUCAGCUUUUCUCAGCUGGCUGAUGCUUUUCAGCCUCUUUCUGCCCCUGCUGUUCCCUCACAGCACUACUGUUUCGUGUUGCACACCCACUCAGCUCCGUGAACUUGUGAGAACACAGCCGAUUCCCCUGAGCAGGGCCUCUGAGACCCCGGACCAGUGGUCUCACAUGGUGCUGUGCCUGCAAACCCUGCCUGAACACAGGUUCAGGUGCAGCUCAAGAAAAGGCCUGAAAGGAGCCCUUGUCUGCGCUCAGGACUCAGAAGCCUUUGCAUCAGUGGUCCACAGCCCGGGACGCAGCAGGAGGCCAGGCCAGCGAGCCCUGUGGACGAACCCUCAGAACCCUUGGCUUGCCCACGUGGAAAAGGGAUAGAGGUUGGGUUUCCCCCCUUUUAUAGAUGGUCACACACCUGGGUGUUAUAUGAGGUUGUAUGUGUCAUGAAUACUUUUUGUAAUGAUUGAUUAAAUGCAAGAUAGUUUAUCUAA